AUGAAGUUUGAGGGCAUCCUGGAGGAAAUCGACGGUUUUGGGCCUUUCCAAAUCAUCAUCAUCAUCCUGCUCUGCACACCUCGAAUAGUCCUCCCCUGUCACUUCCUACUGAAUAACUUCAUCGCUGCGGUGCCUCCUCACCACUGUGACGUCAGCCCCCUGGAUGAGGGAGGACUCUUCAGAAAUUUAACUGAUGAACAGAGACUGGCUGUCAGCAUCCCCGUACGAGAAGAUGGGGCCUGGAGAUCCUGUGAGAUGUUCACAGAGCCUCAGUUUCAGCUCUUGUCCAACGGCUCAACCAGCGCUGAGCUGCCCACAGUUCGGUGUCAGGGUGGAUGGGUUUACCACAACUCCACCUUCACUUCCACCAUAGCAACAGAGUGGGACCUUGUCUGUGACAGAAAAAGCCUGACAAAAACCACAAGUACAAUCUUCUUUUUCGGAGUGAUGAUGGGAGCCAUAGCUUUUGGAUUCCUCUGUGAUAAGUAUGGAAGGAAAAACACUCUCCUAGCCUCGUACAUCAUGGCGAUCGUGUUCGGCUUCUCCAGUGCUUUUGCAAACUCAUAUGUUCUGUUUGCAGUGCUGAGAUUCCUCACUGGGUUCGGACUGACGGGAAUCAGCAUCAAUUCCAUUGUUCUCAGCAUCGAGUGGGUCGACACAGGUCAUAGGUCAUUUAUCGGUGUGAUUGGCAGCCUGGCCUGGUCUGCAGGUAACAUGCUGCUGGCGGGGUUUGCCUUCCUGGUGACUGACUGGCGGACGUUGAUCAUGACUGUUACAGCUCCGCUGGGUUUUGCAGUUUUGACCUGGUGGUGGAUUCCUGAAUCUGCUCGAUGGCUUUUAGCGAAUGGUAAAGUGGAGAGAGCCAAGUUUUACCUUGACAAAUGUGCAAAGCUCAACAAAAAACAAAAACUGUCAGACAAAUUCAAUCUGGAAACACUCUCCGACACAGAAAUCCUGGAGAAGCAAAAAAAAAACUACACUUACCUUCACCUGGUCAAGACCCCGAAGAUGAGACGGUUAACUCUGCUAACGGGGAUCGUGUGGUAUGGAGUUGCCUCCACGUAUUAUGGAAUCAGCCUGAACAUCAGUGGAUUUGGUUUGAACAUGUACCUCACACACUUCAUCUAUGCAGCCAUCGAAGUUCCUGCCAAGCUGAUGGUCUACUGCUGUCUCAACCUCACCGGACGCAGGACAUGUCAGGCGGGCACGCUGCUGCUGACAGGAGCCUGCAUCGCCAUAAACAUCUUCAUUCCAAAAGGUCUGUGGCAUGUCCGUGCUGUUGUUGCUAUUCUUGGAAAAGGCCUAUCAGAAGCUUCCUUCACAACUAUCUUCCUCUACACCACAGAGCUUUACCCCACGGUCAUCAGACAAAAUGGUUUGGGCUACACCAGCUUCAUGAGUCGUCUGGGAGUAUCAGUGGCUCCUCUCAUCCUGCUGCUGGAGGACGUGUGGACUCUUCUUCCUCAGAUUAUCAUCUGCUCUGUGGCCAUCGUAUCUGGCCUGGUGUCUCUGCUGCUGCCAGAGACACUGAAUGUGAGGCUGCCGGAGACAAUUGACGACAUUGAAAAGCCAAGAGGAAAUGACAUCUCUAACUCCGCAGAGUCUUCAGGGGUUUUCCUGGAAUCAAAGACAACAACAAACGCUCAGCAGGGAAGAGACGAGUAG